AUGUAUUUUGCACCGACAAGUGAAAUUGUUUCAAUUAAUAAUAAUAUUCACGAGCCACAAUCACAAGUCUUGACAAAUAACAACGAAGAUAUCACGCCACCUGCUGAUUCAACAUUUAUACAGCCAACUCAACCAAAUCAACAUUUCCAUAAUUUUACAACUCAACAAUCACCUCAAUCAACAAUUUCUUCACCUAAUAUUCAUUUAGUGAAUAAUCCCAAUAUAAACAGACUAUUUGUUCCAUCGCCACCCUUAUCACCUAUGAAUACGUCAGCUCUCGGUAAUCCAAAUCGAUCUUGUUCUUCAUGCAAGAAACGUAAAGUCAAAUGUGAUCGUAAGACUCCUUCAUGCUCUGCUUGUAUAAAAUCGAAAAAUCGAUGUUUGUACACUUCUUAUUCCCCACCCUUUCUCAAUCAAUCUUCGCCAUCUUCAUUAUCCUCUCCAACAUUUUCCCAAUUACAAGAAAAUGAUCAAUACUCUCAACAUCACGUUGAAUUAAUUAAAUCGGAAAAUGAUUUAGAAAAUGAACAUUUUAAUUUAUAUAAUGAAGAAAUUAUGGAGGAUCGAUCCGAGGAAUUAGCAUUAAUUAAAUCUUUACAUGAGAAAGUGGAACAAGUUGAAAAUGCAGGAAGGCAACGAUACGAGCAUAUACAGAAAAUUUUUAAUAGUGGUAAUAGUAGUCAUCAUGGAUCAUUGUCACAUCCAAAUAAUUAUAGUCCAUAUCCAUUACCACAGCAUUCUCGAAGUCUUCAUCGACAAAGGAUAUCAACGACACCUAAAGUUUCAAUAAAAGAAUCGAAUUUUUUUGUUCCUUACAAGAAGGCAAAUAUUAUAUUUAACUAUAACCCGCGUGCAAUCAAAUCAUUAUUGGGUCCUGGAAUUGCUCCAAUUUUGAAUGCCACUACUAUUCCUACUGCUCUUAAUUCGAUACGAGAUGUCUGUCAACAGAACGACGUUAACAUGCAAAACGGAAAUUUGAACUUCCCAAUUGAAACUGGAUUUAAAAAUUUCCAACAUCUACAAAAUUGGAUACAAGAUCGUUUCCAAGCAAUUGUGAAUGAAUCGAGUUUUGGGAAUUUGAAUCAAGGGAAAAUUAAUGAAGCUGGUGUGGAAAAAUUGGAAUUACGACCAAUUGUAAAGGAAAGUCUGAUUGAGAAUGGAAAUGGAUCAGUAGGAUUGAGUGUGGAUUCGCAAAUAUUUGAGAUUAUAUUUUAUCGACGACGACAAAAAGCUAAAGAAAAAGAAAAAGACGAUCUUCCAAUGGUCAUAAAGUCUGAGCCUAUAAUCAGUGAUGGAAAAGAAAUAUCUAUCAAUCGAGUAGACCAAAAUUAUAAUCAGGUCAAAGAUAGUAAUAGCAAAAAUACAGAUCAUAAUAUUGAGGGUAAAGUAAAUGCAUUUUUAUCGACUAAUGACGAUGCAUAUUUGGAAAAAAUAUACACGGUUAUGCGAAUAUUUGUUAGCGGGAUUCCAUGGAUACGAGAGAAUGUCAAUUCCAGAGAUUCCUUUGGAAACAGAAUUGGUGUUUCUUGUGGUGGUGGCGAAUGGAGUGAUGGGGUUUUUGAAAAUGUUGUUGUCGAAUUAUUCGACGAUCAGUUUGAGCAA